UUGCGCAAUCAUCUAGUCUCGAUUUUAUGAAAAUUUCAUGAAGCUGGAGAGAUAUUUUGUGCAAUAAAUUAUCGUGAGAUUUAUCUUGUGGCGUUCAUUUAUUGGAUUUCACUAGGUUAUCCUAACACCCUCGAUUCUCUUAUAUAUUCAUACCGAAUUCGGCCGCCGAAAGUGUUUGAUUUUGAAUAACGACGUUUGAAUUGUUCCAGAUAGUUUUGGCUAUAGGUGUUGAGGUGUUCCCUCUCACUGGAGUAGGCACCACAGUUUGCCAUGUAUAACGGAAUUGGUCUGAACACUGCUAGGGGCAGUGGCACCAACGGCUAUGUUCAGCGGAACUUGUCGACGGUCAGGAAGCACAAAGAUCGCCAAGAUUAUAAGUCAGAUGAACAGCUGGCACAGUUGGACCAACAGAUGAACAAGAAACCCAACUCAGAGAUCCUAGAUCAUGAGAGAAAGCGGAAAGUUGAGCUGAAGUGUAUGGAGAUGAAGGAACUGAUGGAGGAACAAGGGUAUGGGCCAGAAGAAAUUGAAAAGAAAGUGACAACUUUCCGUAAGAUGCUGAUGCAAAAGGAAGAUGCGAGCGACAGGGCUGUUGAGAAAGAUGAAUACGGAAGACCAAUAGCCAAAGAGACUCAUCAACUCGCUGAAGCCAACCAGGAAAAGAAUGCUCAAAUCCGGGCUGCUUUUGGCAUCAGUGACUAUUUUGAGGAUGGGAGUUCUCUUGAUCCCAAUCGAAAGGCAAAGGAAGAGGCGGCGAAGGCUGCAGCACCAAAAAAAUACAGUCUGGUGCGAGACUCAAGCUCGUCGCACUCGCGGUCACCCUCUCCCAAAAGAAGGAAGAAAAAGUCCAGUAACAGAAAGAGUCGCACUAAACAUAGAAAGGAGCACCAUCGGAGCUCUGAAAGUCCGUCUCCGAGCCGAAAGGAUAAGAAAAAGAAAAAGAAACACAGGCGUGAUAGAUCUGACUCGCCUCGUAAACACAAGAAGAAGAAGGAGAAGAGAAAGCACAAGAAAAGGUCAUCAAGCAAGGAGAAGCAUCGACGAAAACAUCAUUCGCCCACGUCAUCAGAGAGUGAUUCCAGCUCAGAUUCUGAUUCUGACAGUUGCUCCUCCCCGGAGAGGCUCUCCAAGCAUGAGAAAUCCAAGCGACAUCAUCAGCCGUCGGAGAAACCUGGGAGCCCGCCACAGAAACCAAGGUCAAGGUCAAUAUCUGAAUCUCCGAGCAAGAGGGGAAGACGGAGCAACCCGCCCAGUGAUCGGUCAAGGUCAUCUCAUGGAAGUCGCGAUAAAAGUCCGCCAAGACACACAGAAAGAGCAAGGCAUGACAGCUUGUCACAAUCACCGCCCCCCUCCACCAGGUCCAAGGCAUCACAACGGUCUCAUCAUUCUCGCCGGUCUCACAGUGUGACGCCAACAAAGAAACAAAAUGGCGACAAAGUGACGCAGACAGUCGAGAAGACGAGCUCGCCGGGACAUCGCAGCAAGCGCCAUUCAUCCAAGUCACCGUCGAGGCGGAAGCAUCACGGCCGUUCAAAGUCCCAUUCUAAAUCGCCCCGUAGAAGGUCAAAAUCUCGUAGCAAAAGUCGCCAUCGUUCAUACAGUCGGUCCUUGAGCUACUCACCGAUGCAUAGGGGGCACCACCAUAAAAGUCGCAGUAAGAGCUACCAUUCGAAAUCACGGUCCAGAUCUCGCAGUUUUACUCGGAGUCCAUCCAUACGUCGACGCAAGGGCUCGCCAAGCCAUUUAGAUAAAAGGCGCAUCACUAGUGCGCGGAAACGCCCAAUCCCUUACUACCGUGCCAGUCCCCCUAGUUCAAGCUCAUCUGUAAGUUCAUAUGGGUCAUACAGUCGCAGCAGGUCCAGGUCAAGAAAAACGAGGUACCGGAGUCGCUCACCAAGUUACUCAAGAUUGAGGAAGAGACGAAGCUGGAGCCGAACCUCACUGAGCAGUCUGGACAUGUAUAAAAAAUAGCGGACUCAUAUCGAUUGAUUUAUACAAAAAUCUGCGCUCUGGUGUGAUGGUCUCUGAGAGUGUUCAGGGAUGACUCCGAUCAGCUUGGUGUGUAGUCUUCUUAGAAUUCUAGUGUGUAACAUUUAAAGGUGGCGUACAUGUAGCAGGGAUUAUUUUGCCACGCCUCCUUUAAAUGUACAUGUGAAUGUGCUCAAAAUUGCACUGAAUAAAUUAAGUCAGUGCGAGCGAUUAUCGUAGAAUAUGUGCCAAACAAGUUAUGCUGUUGCAAUGGCUUGAAGUCUUGGCUUCAGAAGUGUACAUUACUCUUUUACUCAAAUACUCAAAACAUGUCUUCAGGACCAUCGCACCACAGUUGAGACACACCAGAUAUAUCUAUGAUGUUUUCGUGAUGGUUGCCUGGCAACUGAAUUAUUUCUGUGCUGUUUUGAUACAUCCAAGGAAAGUCCAGAGUGUUAUGGACCUAUUGUAUGUUAAUUUGGACUUUUGCAAGUUCUCAUGCCAUUACUCAAGUUAGUUGUCGGACUGAGGUGUGGUGCAUUUUCAACCUUAUUUGCCAUUUGUAGGAAUUUCUUGACUGGGCUUGUCUGGAGAUUUGGCAGAAAAACCAUUUUACCCUCCAAGGGGUGUCAAGUUUGCCAGCUAUGGUUAUGUACAUGUGCAUGCCAUUAGGAAAACACCUAACAUACUCCUUCAGGGCUGAAUUAGAAGGGGUACGUUGACCAUUGUUCCCUUUGAUCAUGAGGGAGGACCUGCAAUUACUUUGAGGGCAUGGAAGCCUUUUUCUUUGUAUCAUUAGCAAUUAAAUUGAUGAGACUCCCUCGUCUUGCUUCUAAUUUAAAGGAUCUAAGAUUCAAUAGAAUAGGUGUGGUGUUUCCCUAAAGGUUUUCACCAUCUACGCCAAACUAUUUUCCCUUAAGUCAUUUCAUUUCGUGCUAUGAAUGUACAGAAGGGCUAAAUUGUAUUCUCCUGAUGUCUCAUAGAACAGAGAAAGAGAGAUAAAGGGAGAAUUUAUAUCAUUUCAGCUCACAGUCCCCCCAUUUUCUUGUAUAGACUCGUCCAGUCUUUGCAAUGGGAGAGUCCAUUCAAAAACCUGGGGAUGCGAAGGUUAUAUCUCGUGAUCUAUACUUGGUUAUAUGAAUUAGCCAGGAUUUCUGUAGCACUGUAAGCUUAAAGCAUUAUUAUUGCAACAUUUUAAAACUGUGUGAUUCUUUCAUGGGCCAAUAUUUUAGAAUUUUGUCUUUAACGGUUUGAAUGUGAGAAUUGACUGAUGAUUUAUAACGAUGCGUACCGUUGGCUUUGAUAAAUUACCAUUUAAUUGCUUGCUCUGCUCCUUUCUAAGCAUGCUAAAGUUAAAAAUGAAAGAAAAGGUAACUUUUUUGUGCUUUCUUCUUCGUUAAUUCUUAUUUAGUGUACGGAUGUAAAAAAAUGGUGGUACUAAUAAAGAUUUUUGUGAAUUCUGAUGGCAAACUGUAUGAAUUGAGGUGAAUUUACGCAACUCCUUUUUACGAUUGCUACAGUUUUCUUUCAACCAUUCAUUGAAAUAUUGGCUACUAUUCGUGUGACUUCCUUCUCGAAAGCCUGCAUAUCUGCAUAUCUGAAAAUUUGCUUCUUGACAAGUUUUCUCAAGAUUGAGAUUUAAACCCUUUGCCAGCUGAUGCUGAUGAAGGCCUUGAGCUGGACAGGUGACACACCAUAAUUCUCCUCGAAAAGAGUACAGUAUAUAUGUGGCCAUCAAUAAAAUUGGGCAAGGUAUAUCCAAAAAAUAUAUCUUGUGCAUUGAUCAUGUUAAUGAGAUUAGAAAGUGGCAUUAAAGGAUCAGUUCGUAGGUUCUAAAUUUGUCAGACGAAAUUUGAAUUUGAAUUUUUUAUUUUAUUUAUUUUAUUUUAUUGAAUUUUUAAUUAUGUGAAUAAAUUGAGAAUUCAAAUUUUAAAUGCUGUUGUGUGUAUGGCUAUAAAAAGACAUGCAUGCCAAGUUUCAACACUCUUGGUUGUGCAUGAUCUGCACUAUGCAUGACAUAAAUUCUGGUUUCAAGUCCAACAGAUGGGACAAAUAGAAAUUUUUAUGGACUGGGCCUUUAAAUUGAUGCAAUAAAAAUUGAACCAUUCGUGCGAUACAGCCAGCUAGUAUAUUCGACUAUUACAUGUACUUAUUACAUAAUCUUGCAGACGACUUUCAAUUCACAAAUGUUGCAGCGGUGAAAAUUUACGGCGCAAAAUCUCAACUGUUUUGAUCUAUAUGCCGUCUAUCCUUGUCUUCAAGCAGAUUUUCAGCUGAAAACCAUAUGGUCAUAAAUUCUUUGCUAUUCGUGAUAUUAGAUUUAUAGAGGGCACAGAUUCUCUGCAUUUUAUUCGAUACUUUGAUUUUGUGAUGUUUUUACAACAUAUCAUAUUUGUUCAGGGAUAAAUGACGCAUCAUCUGACGGCCAAUAACCAUUUAUAAUUCAGAGAACGAUAUCUGUUGAAUAUUUUGUUACUAAUAAUGUCGGAUUAAUAACUUCUGUUGACUAGAUGUAAGUGUAUAUCCAGUCCUUUGCAAACAUGUAUACAUGUAUAUGAUUUGUAUCACUUUGUUCUUUUUUACCUUGAUCCAAUUAUGCCAUUGACCUGCAUCAAACUCCGGAUGAACUUCUCUCGUUGUUUUCAUUGGUACUACACUGAUUAUAUUGCGAAUUGUUGUGAUCCCUGUUGCUCACUGGCCUGAUGAACUCUUAUUUGGUACAUAUGUACGUCCUUUUAAAUAGUUUGGUCCAAACUACAAUGAAUCCAUAUUUGUGUUUUUUUUUAAAAUGCGAUUGCCGUAUAGUGUAUCUUCAAAAAUUGCGGACAUGGUAUUUUAUUGUGUUUUGGAACCAAACUCAGUUUAUUAUGGCAUCUAAUAUUCUUGCUUCUCCAAAUCUUCUGGUUCAUUAAUGCUGCACGAUAUUAAAACUGGUCAAAGAUCUAACAUUGGCGUUAGCUAAUGUGCUUAUAUUGCAUAUACAUGUUUACAUAAUGCAUAUGGUUUAUACCGGGAUCAAACUAAGUAAUUCAUCCCAAUUGAUCCAAAUUUGCAUAUUUUGCAGACUGAUAUUGGUAGAAAUAUAUGGAGGCUUGUAUAAGGUCUCCUCUUCCCAACUCUUGGCCAAAUUGUCUCCUCCCACAGUAUGAAUUAACAAUCCUGCUUUCAAAAUAACUCGAGCACAAACAAUGCCACUUUUUGCUUUCAAACCUCUUGUAAUGCAGUGGUCAGUCCCCCCCCUCCCCGUCAAGGGAACACCACCAACAUCGAUCUGAUGACGGUCCCUGAAGACUUUCAAAUUUUUGAACUUAUUAUUUCCUGGUGACAAUGAUUGAAAUCUUAAAUACCGUGGACUUAUCGAAAUAUUCAAAUGAUUUGAUAACUCAGUAGUGUAAACCCCCUUUAUUUUUGCAAGCCUGAUUUUUUUGCGGGUUUGCAUAAGGGGGUCAAAACGGGAAUGUGAAAAAUACUAAAUCUAAUGGCAUAAUCAUUGGAAAACAUCCACACGCAAAUUUAAUGGCAGUGAAUUCUGACAAGGACACUUUGCUAAGAUUAAGGGCGGUGAAAAAGGGUUUUUCAGUGAUUUGUUUCAAUGGACCUUGCCUUGCUAAAAAAUUACAGCAGAGCUGCACACCUCACUAUACAAGUCUUCCCUUGCUAUGAUUUGAAAAUUGCUUUUUUUUUUCGCAGAUUUAUUUCAUGGUUUUUUUCUCUUGGUAGGAAAUAAGGUCCUCAGCACAGUUGGGCAAUUCAUGUAUUUUUCCCUUUGUCCCGCAUUUUCCCAAUGAAAAUUUAUUUUGCCUGUGAAAAUCACUGGAAAUUUCACGGUGUAAAAAGCCCUUUUAAUACUAUGGAAACUUCCCCAUCAAGAUUGCUUGCAAGACAAUGGCACAUACUAAAAAGCUGCAAAGAGUUGGACAUUUUGGUCACAUUUUGUGAUCUUGUUGUGAAGAAUUUAUUCUGAAAUGUUUUCUUCAAGAUUACGCACUUUCCAGUUUUCCGUGAACAACAUUUCUGUGUAUAUUCAUUUGUACAGAGCUAUGCUUGUUGGUUAAACAACACAGCUAUCGAUGACGCAUGUUUCUUUGACAUUCUCGUCAAUAAUCUCAAUAUUUGAAGAGUUUUAUUGCAAAAGGCGAUUUGCACAAUCGGACCACAGCAUCGCGCAUGAUGUCUGUUUCAGGGCAUUCCAGCCAACAGUAAAAUAAUCAUGAUGUACAAAAUGUUCAAUUGCAUUUUGCCAAACUUGGAGGCCAUUUUUCUCCAAACGGCAAAAAUGGAUAUUGGGAUGAAACUCUUCAUUUGGUUAUAACUAAAGCUUAUAGUAUUUAUUUGUUCUUGCUUUUAUAAUGUUCACGUAUUAUUUGAAGACUCACGGAUAUUUAUCCAGCAGGAUACAUCGACAGAAACUUCCAUUAUUUCAAAUUCGGAUUCACAGUCGUACCAUUGCAGUUCAUAUGUCUGUCUUGGCUAAUAGCCUGGUGGUCAAUUAAAGGCCUACGCCCUUCUUGUAAAAAUUUGAAAACUUAAUUUGAAUGUGAACAUUUCCAAAUGAGUAAACAAAUACAAAAUUCAACAGUGCUGUUGUGUAGGCUGUUGUACAAAUAGUAUACAUGCCAAGUUUCAACAAUUUUGUGUUAUAAUGACUGCGCUAUGACAAAGUAAAUCUAUAUUUACCUGAGCCACAAAAAAAUACAUUGAACACGAAUGACUAAGGCCUUUCAUGUAUAGACAGUGCGGAAUGUCAACAGUAUGGGUAUAUAGCCCAUGGGGCUGAAACCAUUUAACCUACACCAUCACCCUGGGGAAUCAGCACUACAGUUUCUGAGGUAAGAUUUCAUGGAAAUGUCACCCCUAAUCCCGAGAACAUCUUCCUAACCCACAGAAAAUGCUAAAUGUCUGUGUCAAAGUCACCAGAUGGCUUGAAAGAACUUUCAUUUGUUGGCCUGAUAAAAAAACAGCAUGGAAUUCAAGUGUUGCAGAUUUGAAGCAACUGUUAUGAGCGAGAACAUUGCACACUGUCCAUGUUUGCCUGUUAAUUGUAAUGAUGCCCCUAAGCAAAGUGCUCUUGCACUCGAAAACACAAAAGGGGAAGUCCUACCUCGGGCCGGGGAAAGCCCCUCGGGAAAUGUGGUGCUGUUUCUCCAGGUGGCCUCGAACCGGUGAAGAUGUUCAUUGAACAUAUUAUAAAGUUUAUCCCUAUUGGAUUGAUCUCUAACUUGCUGACGACAUAUCAGAAAGGACGCAUGAUAUAUACCAGUUAUUUUAGAAAUCUGCUGAAAUAUUAUUCAUACGACAUAAAUAAGCUAAAAUAUAUUCAUAUGACAUAAAUAUGCCUACGUUGGUGGCUAUUAAAUCAAACUUCUUUCAACACAUUUUAUCUGGUUUGCAUUGGUUGGUGAAAUCCAUCCACUAAGUAUAUUACCAAGUAACAAUAAAGACAAGUCUUUGUUAAUUCUUGAUAUUGCAGAGCAUAGAUUAGAAUCUAUACUUUAGGAAUAACAUCAAUGAAGUCUUUUUUCUUUCUUGCGUGAAUCCUUAAAGAGUUGCAUCACAUUUUUACGAGGUUUUAUUUCCAUAAUCUUUUAUUUCCAUAAUCCAUUAUUUCCCUGAUCUAUCAUCCGUAAUAACUACUUAGACUUACAGCCGCAUUUUCUUUCAUUGUCCCAGAAAAAUGUACGAUGAAAUUUUGUAUCUUCGGAUGUCUCAACUUUGUGAUCAUUUAAGGGUUUAAAUAUGAGAUUUUUUAACAUAAAAAUCCUCGCAAAGAGAGUUAACCCUACAGUUUCACCGAAUCUUGGCCUGGCUGCUUAAUGGGCAUUAACAGUUACCUCGGCGUUAUAUCUGAAGUCUUCUAUUGCAACAGAAAUUUACUGACGGGGAAACGCAAGUUUAGCUAAAGCUGGUGUUGGUCUCUUAGAACGCUGAUUGAGCAGCUGGGCUCCAAAAUCUAUUCUUAAAGAACAGAUUCUUAUUCUCUGAAUGCAGGAUUAAGUGAUGUUUAAUGCACUACACAGUACACACUACACACCUGGAGGUACAACACAGUCACACAUUUGCACCAACGGAGUUGUUGUUCAAAAGUUUGUCAAAACGGCCUACUUUUAAUUCCUGUUACAACAACAAACUAAUGAGUGUAUUCAUAACUAUGAUUUAUAGAAGCCAUGCUGGCUGGUGAUGUUUAUUUGGGCCAAUUGGGAGACAUCUCUAUUACAUGUAUAUGUUAAGUAAAGUUACUAAUUCGGUUUACCCUUUUCACUGCCUAGACAUAUCUGACCAAAUUGAAAAUGUAUAAACUCAUGGGGAAGGAAUUCCUAAAACUUAUUGCACAGGUAUUCAUUGAAAAGCUCCCACUAAACGCUUUCAAAUCAAUACAGAUGCGACAUGGUUUUAAUAAUAUUUCAGAUUUCAAGACAUUUUUCCUAUAUUGAGAAAAAACGCCACUGGCAGUGAAAGGCUUGUCUAUAGCCUUGCACGAAUAUUAAGUAUGUACUGUUCGAUGCACAUUGAUUUACUUCGUCUGCAAGGGGUCUGUAGGUUGCCUGCACUUUUAAAAGUGAUAGCCUUCAAACAUGUCCAUAAUCUCUAGUUCACAAGGUAUUAUUGACCAUGGGAAAAAGGGUGUCGCUUUCACUAAUGACUUUAUUGUGAUGCAUAUCAUAUUUUUAUAUCGAUAUUGACUUGUACAUAUUAUUGAUUUUCGACUUUACUGCUCCUCUUGCUCAUUUUGUGUCUAAAGGGACCUUUAAUUUUUGUUUAUGAUUUUACUCAUCAAAAUUCUAUAAAGCGGUCAUUGACAUUGCAUUACUAGUCUUCAACAAGAAUAGGGAAAUACUUUGAUUAUUUUUUGUGUUGUAAUCUAUUAUGCGGAAAAGGUCAUAAAGUAUCUGUUGGUCUUGGAUUGGAAAGAGAUUAUAACCAUAGUAAGUAAGUGUCGAGUCUUCUGGCGGCCGUUAACCCAUUAGGUUUCUCUCAUUUAUUAAAAGCUGCUAUCUAUUGUGUAUGUAUUCAAACUGCAUUACUAGAUUGUGUAAGGUUUUCUUGCUAUUGUAUUUUAAUCAAUUUUGGAAAAUUUGCCCAUAAGAACUGAACGAUACAUUAUCAAUCUGAUUGGCGGUCAUGUUCGUUCUUAGUUGGGCAGUUUAUAACCUGAUAACUCUGGAUAAUAUUGACUUACAUUUCAUAAGCUUUCGGACUCAGCUGAGUCCUUGGUCACAUGAUCACUCGUGACGUCAUCGGGCGUAGUGAUCAAUAUUAUCCAGAGUAAGUCAAUAUUAUCCGGUAGCUUAUAAACUGUCCAACUAUCAAUCUACCUGGAUGAUGAGUCUCCAUAGUGAUAUUCAUUCUUCUAGAGAGCAUUUUGCAUACUGUAGCAAGACAUUGUUUGCUGUUGUUUUGGAAUAGAACUAUUUCACUACUGUCUUUGUCUCACUAGACCAAAAAACAAGGAGAACGUGAAAAAUCAACGAAGUGUGAAAUGAAUACCACAAUGAACAAGGAGAAAUUUCUUGCUGUUAUAUUGCAACGUUCCUAUUAGCUUGAUAAUCACUGAUAAUAUUUUGAUACGUUCCAUACAUCACCUUGGGGGUGAUCAUUAUGUGCUUCACUUAAGUAAGGCAAUCAUUUGCAGCACAAAGUAUUCAGCACAAGUCCCUUGAAUAUCGAUGGAAAGUGAGGGAUCUAUUGAUGCCAAAAUAAAACUAACCAGUUUAGUUUGUGUGAACUUUUUUCCAGAAUUGAUGCACAAUUUUUUCUUCAGAUUUGGUAUAAAAAGGUGGUUUUCUGCGAUUCGUGACCUAAUGGGUUAAGUGGCUCUUACCUGCUGUUGAUAGCUGCCCUAGCAUAUAAACCAUAAAUUCACUUAGGAGGUGAAAUGUUUGGUUGACAACCUAACUUUAAUAUCAUUAUUGAAAUUGCUUGUUGUGAUUUUGGCAACUUAUGCUUUCAACCCAACCCUCUUCGAAAAUCGCUUUGUAACUUACUUCUAAAGAGUUCGAGAAGAGCUUUUCAUAAGGUGUUUUAAUCACUUUUAAAAGCUUCAAGAAGAGUUUUUCAGUCACUUUCUGUCUAUAAUCUAUUUCACAUGGUAAUAAGCUUUGUAAAUUUGUUUGCCGGUAAGAAAAGGAUGAAACUAAAUGUAUAUGCAAGUAUUUGAUUUAUGAUGUGCAAUGCGGCUUUUUAAUGUCAAUUGCCUGUAUAGGGCAUUGGUCACAGGGACCUCUAGCGCUCCGGAAACCAGUGAUUUACGCCGCUGCCACCUGUGAUCAUUAUCGCAUAUGACAAAAAUCGCUGGUUUGCGGUGGUCAUCGCUGGUGCCUGCGACAAGAGCCGGUGAAUGUAACAACCUGCAAACAAUAUCAAACCCACCAAUAAGUGGUUUUACUUGCAGACAAGAGAUCUUCUUGUCGCACAGAGCAGCGAUUAUAAUUGCAGGUUGCUGCAAUUCAAAUGGCUCGUUUGCGGGAUGUUUAUCUAUAAAACACUGUUCGAAAAAUCUGCUGAUGCAGACAUUGACCCAAAUUGUCCAUUUAAAUGGAUAGAUUCGUUACUGAUAUUUAAUUCAAAUGUCCUAAUCUUCCCUUAAAGACAAAUUGAAUUGACCCAACAACAAGUAUUGUUCUGCUACACUCUAUAAAUGUGGCGUGUUGUUCCUUUAUAUCAAUUGUUGAGUCAAAUUAGUUAAAAGGGCCUACAGACAGGAGGGCAGGGGUCAAAGUGGUCAACUUCAGGGGACUAGUAUGUGCAGUAAACAGACUGGGUCAUGUUUGAUUCAGCAUUAGAUAUAUUCUGAACACAAGCGUGAAUAGUUUCAUUGUACUGUGUGAUGGAAAAGACCCCUAUUGGCAAUAUUGUGCAACUUAAUCUGACUUAAUUGGCUCCUGCCUGUAGAGCCCCUUUUGAAGCAACUGGUAAUUAAUUGAUUCCAUUUGUUCAUAUGAUUAUAAAUUUAUGACAGUACAUUUGUCAGAUCCAUUGAUUCGAAUAUUUUUGUUUAACUCUUCCACAGUUUACGACUUAAUUGGGAAAUUUCACCAUUGCUCUAUCAGCUGAUCAGUGGAUACAUAUAUGUAUUCGAUUGCCAAAUAUGUGCUCAUAAAGUAAUAUCUAGCAUUGCAGUUUCACUGGCACAACAAUCAAGUUUGGACUCACUGGAGUCAAGCACCUUGAAGAGGGGAGGAAAUGGGGGCAUCUGUCUCGUAACGGCACAGUUAACCGUGAAUCUUGCCAGCAUAAAGACCAUUCCUCUCCUUCUCUCCAAGAUAACACACAUGUAGCUAAAGACUGAAUCGAUGACGAGCACAUGUCACUUUGUAAAAUCUUAUGCGUUUCAAUAUGAUACUCUUUAUGGUAAUAGCUAACCAGUCGCGCAAAUUCCGGUUCCCUUUUGGUCUAACGUGCCGAUUCUAGUUUUAGAUGCCCAUCGUAUCGAUAUCACUUAGAACUAUUUCAACAUUAUUCAUCCAAAACAGAGGUACUCCACAGCAGUAAAGCCGGUGACUGACUUGCACAACAAUUCAGUGGUUUGUAUUGCUAAUUUACACUACACUGCUUAAAAACACUGUAACAAUACAAACUUAUACAAUACAAUACAUUAAUUGCCUGAACUGAACACAACGGACCUGAAGGGUUAACUGGAAUACAGUAUUGUACUCAAAAAAACUAUAUCGUGCGGGAAUAUGAAUGAUUAUAAUCUGUUUCACCAUAAAGUUACAAAUGCACCAUAUUGCAAUUACCCUGAUCACAUGGUAGCGUUUUUUUCUUUUAAAGUUAUAAAUUCAAGAUGGGUGCGUAAAAAAUUGGUCAAAAACAGGACUGAGUGCCAAAGAGAGAAAUCGUUAUACUCUAGAGGGGCCUACUUUGAAUUUCCCAUUUAAGCCCCUCAAUUUUCUCUAACUGGCCCCUCCCUUAUAAGGCUUUUUUAAAAAUUCUCUACCGUGUGGACUGGGCAGAAGGCGCUGUGCUGAUUUCACAUUUGAUGUAAAUUUUACUGAAUUGUUGUUUGUUGAUUUAUUGAUUUAUACCGUCUGUCAUAUUUACUUCUAUUGGAUGAAGACUGAAUUUGGUCAUAUUGAUAUGAAUUAUUUUGCUCCCUGUAGUUAUUUAAGUAUUCUAUUCUAUUUCUAUUCAGUGUUGUCUUUCUAUUUUGAUCAGAAUAUUCUAUGAAUUGCUUUUUUUGUGCAUUGUAUCUGCGACUUGGAAAUUGAAUGAUAGUUAUUAUUGUUAUUAUUGAUAUGUUUGCCUGAAACCUGCAAUCCUGUAAACUGCAUUAGUCUGGCACUUCCAGUUGCUAUACUCCUAUUACCGCACCCCUUGCGAAAUAAAAGUAUGGGCAAUUUCUAUUUCUGCUCAUAUAAAGGCCUAGCAUUUCUAUCAAAAAGCAACCAUGAGCGUUAUGAUGUUGAUAUGUUUGCCUGAAAACCUGGCACUUCCAUUUAAUAUACUCUAACAGUACCCAUUGUGAACUAAAGGUAUAGGUGAUUUUGAGAUUCUGUCUUAUUUAAAGGCCUUGCAUUUCUAUCAAAAAGCAACCAUAGUUUAAAGUUGAAUUUUCAAUUCAUGUACAUGUAUGUACUAAGGGUGAAGUUUUUAUCAAUAUUAUUACACAAACAUGUCAUAGUGGUUCGGCCUGUUAGAUAUUGGUGUGGCCUGUUUCAACUGAAUCUCUCUGCUGCACGAAGCAUGUCAAUUUUAACACUGUGAUUGCAAUGUAACCACUGUCAAAAAACAUGGAGUCUUUUGAUGUACUUGGCUUUAAAGAUCAUAAUUCUAAAGCACAAUUCGGUAAAUCAGUUAAUUACAUAUGAAAUGGGUUCCUUUAAAAAUGUAAGUAAAAACCUCAGCAUAAAGUACUCGUAGGCUUAGGUGUAAUCUCUGCAUAACAUCAUGGAUCAUACUCAGACUGUCAAAAUGAGAAGUGUUUUAUUUAGACAGAGAUUCAAUUCAGUUUAGGCUGCUAAGUUUUUGUAGGUAACCAUAGUUGAUGACUUGGCAAGUAAAUUUGCUUAUUAGGUCAAUUUUUAAGCACAAAAAAAUACACAAUGUCUUCUCUCAUGUCUACUCAUCAUGAUUUAUAUGGGACAUACUGUGGCAAAAGAGGUCACUUGGGGGUCAAAGACAGAUAUUGAGUUAUUGGCAUGGGUUGAUUUAGCACAAAAUUACCUUUAAAAUGAUAUGACACUUCCCAAUCACUUGAGGCAUGGAUUUCUAAACACAUCAUAUGUUGGAAGUUUUUCUUUUGAGAGAAAAAAAUUAAUAAAGAUGAGUCCCAGUUUUCUAUCAGAAAUUACACAUUUCAUCCUUUGACCUGAUGCCAGAAUUCAGAUGGCGGGUUCAGUGAGGAUUACAUCUGAAGCCACAAGAAAGAAGAUCUGUGUAUUGUAACUCAGUUUUCCAACUCUGGUCACAAAUUGGUCCAAAGCCAUUUGCACAAGAAAGACGAUAUUGUGCAGUGUCUCGUUCGUUGAAGGUCAUAUCGAACAUUUCAAGUUCAGAGUGAUUGAUUUCAUUAAGAAAAGGAACUUUAGCUGGGAGUUUACUUCGAGCCUGGUCAUGAUGCUGCUCCUCUGAGUUAUUGGCGACAUUAAUCACGUCAUUAUGAUAUUUGACCCCUACAAUGGAAUAUCCUUCAUAAGAUUUCACUGCCGUUCAGCUCUGUCAAUUGUUCAAGGCUACAUUUCUAAAGUUUAUUUGUCAAAUCUAUAGUGAUAUUGUAGUGAUAUGGUAAAGGUAAAACAACAAGGGGAGGGCGUGGGAGAUUCUAUUCAUGCUGGAGAGAUGUCCCAUUUGUUGUCAUAUUUCACACUCAUCUUUUGUUUGAUGCAAAGGAAUUUAUGUCUUUUAGUUUGUGAUUUCUUAUCAAAGUGAUCUGCUCAACAAACAUAUCAUGAUCCUGUAGUGUAUAAACAACCAUAAACGUCAACAAUCUUCGAAAGUUGGUGGAAUGAUCACUUCGAUAUUAUAUGAUGUACGCAACAUUUGGGAUGAAAACAGAUUAAGACUGUUGACAGCUUUGCAUAUUUGUAGCUACAUAGAGCUGCAUCUGCUUCUAGGUUCACUCACUAAAGUAUAAUGAACAAGAAUUUAGAAUUCAGAAGAGAUUGGUUAAGUGUAUAGCCGGUAUGACUUUCUCGUCGCCAUGUUGACCAGUCCGCACUUGUCUUUUAUAUGUAAACUACAUGUACAUUCAUUUUAGUUAACAAAACCAUCCUCCAUGGUGAGGGAAUAAUUCACUGUACAGUAAUCAUUGUGUGAUCCAAUAAUGGGGAAUUUAAUGUAA